CAGGGUGCUUGACUGAUAUUAACUCUACAAAAUCAUUAUUCCACCACUUCUGAUGACAAAGAAGGUGGGUGAUUGAAACUUUACUAGAACCUUAGUAGGUCAACUGAGAAAUGAAAACAUACGAUAGGGAUGGCUAAUAUUGAACAUUUUGGGGGCUCAUUGAUAAUUCACCUAAACUGCAAGGAUAAAUCUGAAAUUACCAUUAAGAAAAAGCCAGAUGGUUUGCUUAGGAUUGCAUCGUGCUCUAUAUAUAGAAAGCCGGAUGUUUCUUUGCAAAGCUUUGAUCUUUUCUUGAAACAAGUUCAUUACUCUAUUACGUUUAAGGGGUUCAGGGUUCAACGCUUCAAAAGCCCAUAAGGUUCUUGUAAUCAAUGGAUGACAAAGAGAUUGUUUAUCUUGUUUUGUGUUAUUUUGCAGGUUCUUGUAAUCAAUGGAUGACAAAGAGAUUGUUUUGUCAUACAAGGAUGUGGUUUUGAGAGUUUCAGAUUUGAAUAUCCUUAAAGGACCAUGCUAUCUUAAUGACCAAAUUAUUGAUUUCUAUUUUGCUUACUUAUCUUCUUCUUAUAACGCUGAUGCUAAUGAUAUCUUGUUAGUUCCACCUUCCACAUCUUAUUGGUUCGCAAAUUGCCAAGAUCAACAGAGUCUUGUCAAUGAUUUUGUGGAACCUCUUAAGUUUUCAAGUAAGAAACUCAUUCUUUUUACUGUGAAUGAUAACGAAGAUUUCAGUGCAGCUGAAAGGGGAACACAUUGGAGCUUGCUUGUUUAUGAUAGGAGCCAGAAUUACUUUCUGCAUUUUGAUAGCUUGCCGGGGAUGCACCGAUAUCAUGCCUUGAAGCUCUACAAAGCUGUAAAGGGAUUCAUGGGCACAGCCAGUGAAUCAUCAUCAAAAGAUGGUGCUAAGACUCUGAAAAUGAAAGCUGUAGGGUCUGCUGCUGUUCCCUUCUUUAAAGAAGCUAAAACACCACAGCAGACAAAUGGAUUUGACUGUGGGCUUUAUGUUAUGGCCAUUGCUGAGGUUAUUUGCCGAUGGCAUUCAUGUGAAAGGAAUGGCAAUGAUGGUGACUGGUUGUCUGCUGUUGAAAGGGAGGUUAAUGCAUAUCUGGAGACAACAAUGCGGGGUGAAGUGUUGAAGCUUAUUGAAGAUCUGAGGAAACAAUGACGUAGGGGUAGGGUCCUUUUCUUUUUCUUUUUGUAGGAAUAGAUGUUUUAGUGAUUCAAAUUUGUCACUAAGAGGAACAUAUGUUUUAGUGACUCAAAUUUCAAUUGAGGAAAUGUUAUUAAACCUAUUUUUCAUGCGUAA